AACAACAACAAAUGCGAAAUCAUGACAACUCCAUUAAGGUGCAACAGCAGCAAAUGCAUAAAAAUAGCGUCAACAGCAACAACAAUAAGAGCAGCAGUAAAAACAUGACAACAAGUGAAGCAAAAGCGAAUGCAAUUAAUAGCGAACAUUACAAAGCGAGUGCUGUUAUCAGCAGCGCUGGCAAUAAAUGUACGAGUGAGGUAACGGAAGCCGCCGCUACAUCGACAGCAACAGCAACUGCGACGGCGACAACGACAACGACAGCGACACCGCCAACGACGGCGGCAAAUGCAGCUGUUCCAUCAACAUCAGAGACGACAGCGUUGGCAACAAGCGACAUAGAAAUCGCAUCAAAUAGAGCCGCCACAACACCGGCCACAUUAAGAACCCCCAGCGCCGUUGGCUUAGCCGGCAGCACCGGUUAUGCAACCAUGCCGCGCCGCAGUCUCAGCGGCAGCAGCCACAGUCACCAUCACACCAACGGUGGCAACGCGAACGCGAAAUGCGGAAGCGGCAGUGGUAGUACUAGUGGCGGCAUAGCCAUGACAGCUGAUAAGGCCACGACGGCGAGUGACGCGACGGCGGACAACUGCCGCAAAUUGGCCGCCACUUUGGACAAUCUCGACUUGGCUUUGGUGCGCGAUUUGACCGACGAUGAUGGCGAGGACUCGUAUGCGGCCUUUCAAGAGUAUCUGGAACGUGUAGAGCACGAAAUCAACGAGGUGUUCGAAGAGCGUCGUGCUCGGCAGCGUGCACUGCAACUGCAAGAGGCCGAUACCAACGCCACAGCUGUGCGAAAUGCAGCCAAUGAUAACGAUGCAGUUAUUAAUAACUGCCACAACAGCACAAGCAGCGCUAACAGAUUAUCCCAGUGCGAUGUAGUUGACGCGUCACCACCAGCGCACAGCAACAUGACGGAAAUUGCAAGUGUUGCCAAUGCCGACCAACUUUCGUUUAUAUCAGCAGCAGCAGCAGCAACAGCAGCAGCAUCUACACCAGUAAAAGGCAUCGAUUUGCAUAGCCGCACCACCACAGAACUUAAAGCUUUACCGCCGCCACCACUCAGCCCCAAGAUGAACGGCGUGGAGAGUGGCCAGCCAAAAGAUAACAGUGAAGAUGCUUCUACCGCCAUCGACGCUACACAGGAGGAUGUAAAUAUUUGGGCAAAUAAAUUUCUACGCGAUUUGGAUAACUUAAUGUCAUCGACACGUCCACUUUCGCUGAGCGCCUGUUCGUCGCCAACAUCGAAGACCUCACCACAGUUGUUGUCCGCUGCAGCCACAGCUGCCAUACAGAGUCGUUAUGGGCGUGGUGCGGCGGAACGUGCGGAGCACUGUGUGGCAAAUGGAUUGGUGGUGUUGCGGCCAGAGAAACAC